GGUUUUUAUUUUUGUUUACUACAUAAAUCAGCUGAUCAGAGAUGUGGGAUAUUGAUGAGAGUGACGUGACUAAAAAGGAAUUGAACUACAAAAUACAAAUAUAACUCGAAUGAUAACAACAUAUGUGCAUAAAUGCAUAUGUAAACUUCCAUUGUUGUAGUUAUAUCGAUUGUUGACAUUACUGUUUUACACAUCUCUAUUAGACAGUUCGCCAAAAUACCGCGUCCAAAAGUUCAUAAAUUUUAACUUGUCUAGAGUUUUAUUAAAAUUAAAAAUAUAGCAAAAUGUCCAUUUUCGAUAAUGCUAAUUCAGAAGGACCUGGAUUUGUGGGUAUACGGUUCUGCCAAGAAUGUAAUAACAUGUUGUAUCCCAAAGAAGAUAAAGAAAACAAAGUGCUGCUAUACGCCUGUCGAAAUUGCGAUUACAAACAGGAGGCUGAUUCGAAUUGCAUCUAUGUGAAUAAAAUUAUGCACGAAAUCGAUGAGCUUACUCAUAUAGUACCGGAUGUGAUAUCUGACCCGACAUUGCCCCGUACCGAGGAUCAUGCCUGUCCGAAAUGCUCACAUAGGGAAGCAGUGUUCUUCCAAGCGCAAACACGUCGCGCUGAAGAAGAAAUGAGAUUGUACUACGUUUGCACGAAUCAGAACUGUACGCAUAGAUGGACAGAAUGAGUUAUUUUUAUAGUUUUAAUGAAUUUGGAAUAAGUAAACAAAAAACAAAAAAUUAAACAGAAAACUUUAGUACCCUGACGUAUAUAUCCAAUAUAUGUUUUUAAUAUUAUAUUUAACGUAUGUGCUAGUAAGGGCAUACAAAUACUUCAUCACUCACAAAAUAGAAGCAAAGCUUUGGUAACAAUAAAUUGGCAGCCAAAGUCGUUACAGGGUGUUAAAUGAACUUGGUUUGAAUAUGGAACAAACAGCAGAGUGACAACUGCAAUGCUAAUUGAUUUAUGUUUGUUUCCUUCUAGUAAGUGUACUGAAAUACUUUUUGUCAAAGGUGUGCUGUUUUGUGAUUUAAUUUUGGUUGUUUCUCAUUGACUUCUGUUAUACAUCCUUCUACUUUAAAAAAUAUAAAAAGAACCUAUGAAGAACCAAAAAAAAAAUUAAAUUU